ACAGCGAACACGCAUCCUUAUCGAAUGGUCCCCAUUCCCUUGCACUACCUCCCAUCCCGUUUACCGAGGCUGCUCUUAACGCUAACAUCGGUCGCAUCACAACAUGUCCCCAGCUUUCGCACCUUUCUCUUCAAUUCACUUUCUGUUGCCACCGAUGGCAUCACUAGUGCGCCAAGGACGGAGGCCUCUUUGCACACGUUCGCAAAGAGAGAAGCCACAAAGCAUGAUACCAAAUUCUACGUAUUCGCAUGCCUCAUACCUGUCCUUGUCUUGUCUUCGGGUCUGUUUGCCGGUCUAACAUUAGGUUACAUGAGCCUUGACGAGACUCAACUUAAUGUGUUGAGUAUUAGUGGUACGCCUGAACAAAAGAAGUAUGCCAACAAGAUUAAGCCCAUUCGCAAGAAUGGGCAUCUCUUGUUGGUCACCUUACUUCUGGCCAAUAUGAUAGUGAACGAAACACUCCCCGUCAUAUCUGACCCAGUUCUGGGAGGCGGCGCUCAAAGUGUUGUUGUCAGCACUGUCCUGAUCGUUGUCUUUGCAGAAAUCAUACCACAAUCCCUUUGUACACGAUAUGGUUUGUAUUUCGGUGCAAAGAUGGCAGGUUUGGUUCGCGUUCUUAUCUGGGGCUUGGGAAUUGUUUCGUGGCCGGUAGCCAAACUUCUCGAGUGGGCCCUUGGGCCGCAUCAUGGCAUUAUUUACAGGAGAGCCGAACUCAAAGAACUCAUUGCAAUGCACUCCAGUGUCGGUGAACUUGGCGGAGACUUAAAAACGGACACUGUCACCAUCAUAGGUGGUGCCCUGGACUUGCAGGAGAAGGUUGUCAAACAAGCCAUGACUCCAAUUGAGGACGUCUUCAUGUUAUCGAUUGACGCAAAGCUUGAUUACGACACCCUGCGUAAAAUCUGCCUCACUGGUCAUUCUCGAAUACCGGUUUACGAAGAGGUUGAUGUCCCUACACCCACCUUGGUUGCUGUCGGUGCUUUGGGAUCUAAGGAACUUGUUGGGUCGGACUCCGUAUAUUCUAGUCUCGCGCCACCGCCGGAGACGCAAAAAGUCAAGAAGAUUGUUGGUAUUCUCUUAGUCAAGCAGUGUGUGUUGCUAGAUCCUAAGGAUGCUACACCCGUCCGAAAGAUACCUCUCAACAAAGUACCGUUCGUCCCCAACAACGAACCUUUGUUAGGUAUCCUUGAUAGAUUCCAAGAAGGACGUUCUCAUAUGGCCAUCGUGAGCCGAUUCAGUGUGCAGCGAGCUGUCAGUGUUAAGCAAGCCGUCAAACGAGGUUUGACGCAGCGUCUACGAGACCGCGUUCGAGGCGAUACCGAUUCUAGUGCCUCGAGUAGCGAUUCUGAAGAUGAAAGUCCAGGCCUUUCUCAGAGGUCUAAGAAGGAUCGGAAGACGGAGGACUCUGACAGCGAGAACGAAAUAACUGUGACAGUUGGAUGCGCGAAGGAUGACGACGAGGAUCGUGCCCGUGGUAGCGCAAAGAAACAUGCUCGCUUUGGGAUGGGUUCUAGAGGUAGAAGUAAGAAGCUGGUUAAGGAUGAGGAGAUGGGGCUGCCUCUUGAGAACUUAAACACGGAGAAAGAGAGUAAAGGCUUAAAAAGCAGCUUGACAUUGCCCAAAGCGUCUUUUGGUAAAUUCGAACAGUGCAUGCCUGCCGAUGCAGUUCUUACUCAGGCGAGUGCUGAUGAGGUCAGUUUUGGCAUUCAUUACUGCAGCCUGAUCAUUGCUCAUGGAUCCUUCUUUACAGUUUCUCCAAGGUGUAGAUCCUGCUGUAAUGCCCUUAGGUAUCAUCACUUUAGAAGACGUUCUUGAAGAGCUGAUUGGAGAAGAGAUCUAUGACGAGUUUGAUCCCCAGGGACACCCUGACUUGGCUUCAUAUGGACAGACCGAACUGAAACUCACCGCAUCCGUGAAACGUAAGGGGUCUGUAUCCAACCUAGCAUCUGACAAUCCGAUGUUAGUCCAUGGAAGUUUGUUGGGCAACCCGCCUACUGCUGAUGGCUCGAAAUCACUCACCCCGACUCCGCUUUUACGGCCCAUUCCCAUGUCUGGCUUCAGGGCACUCAAUCUCAAGGGCCUAGGUUUCACAAGAUCAAGAAGUGCCCCUCCGACACCACGAGAUGAGAAUCCACCUGUAGACGCUACCCAGUCCGCAAUCGGAGAGGACAGCGAAUUCGCAGAGGAUAAUACGAGUACCCUUCAUGGUACAUAUGAAAAGGAUAUUGCCGAUGAGCCUUUCGCUGCCGAAUCAGGACCUCGUGGCGUACAUUAUACCGACUCAAUACCCAGGCUUAGACCUACCCUGUGGAAUACACCUAGUAUGCAAAUUCGCGCCCCAGUCCCAGUGUCUGCGACGGCUGGUCCCAUUCCGUCGAAUUUCCUGUUUGCUUCUUCUGCUGUUUCUCGCAGUUCUUCACCUGCACCAUCGCUGGAGCACGCCAUCAUGGUUGAAAGGAAACGUCGAGCUACGUCUGGAGCAUCGAGUAUGCCGAUACCAAAAGGUGGCCGGUUCAAGAGUAGUCCUCUUAUUGGAGGUCAAAAUGGAGUCGUGGUCGCAGAACGAGUAAAGAGAACUCUAGAGGAUGACAGAGGAGACAUUCGGAUACCAAAUGAGAAAGACAAGUCCGGCCCUGACAAAGAGUGAGGUGGCUAUUUUGUUUUCCUGUGUCUCGAGUUUUGCAUGUACAGUUUCGUUUUCCAGAUUUUGUCCAGCGCUUGUGUAACCUACGUAUUGCUCCUGCCUUCUGACUUUUUUUUUUUUUUUUGCAAUGAUCCCGUAGAUGUACGAUGUAUCUUGAUGACCAGGACAGUGUGAACACGUCUUCUUGUGCGAUGGAUGUUGUG